AAAACUCAUAAACAAAAUGAACAUAGCAACCGGCGAAAAAGCAACGCUUUUCGUAAAUUCGAAAUUCAAAAGCAUACUUCAUUCAGUCUUAUCCGUUGUGAGUUGUAGUUGUUUCUGUCGAGGAGUUCUUAUUAAUGUAACAGAACGUGUGAAUAAUUCUCCUUUUUUAAACCAUCAAUUCUUUUGCCAAUCUAUUUGUUUCCCCAAAAAUGAGUGACGAUAAAGUGAAGCCGUCUGGAAAGUCGAUUCUUUUGCAUCAAAAAGAGUGGAAUGGCAUACUUCAACACCUGAGACGUGGGGACGAUGUCAAAAUUGAUGCACAAGCUGAUCGCGAAUACAAGAAAUAUUUGUAUGAGGGCUCUCGCGCCAUGACUGAUAAAUGGGAAAAUUCGGUAAAAGCGACCAUCAAAGCGAGAGAGGACGAAAGGCUGAAACUUGAACGCCAGAAAAUUGAUGAGGCCGCCGAACGUUUUCAAAAAUUAAAGGAAAGCGAUGAAAUGAAACGUUUCGAGGAAAACACCAAGGCAAACGAACAAAUGCAAAAAUUGAAAAUGGGACCACGCUUAUUAGAGAGUGCGUAUGCGACCAGUGAGUGUGUUGCUGUCCGUGACAUGCAACGUUGUGCGAAUGCCAAAGCAGAAAAAAUGAAACGAGAACAUUCGUUGGCAAUGGGUCGAGAAGCUGUAGCCCAAGAUCAACAGUAUGCUGAGCAACAAAGAUUGAUUAUGUUGGACACAAGACGUAAAAAGGACGACUACAAGAAAGAACUGCGAGAAUUCAUCGAAACGAAGGAACGCAAAGAUGCUGAAAUGAAGAAGGCUCAAUGCGAAGAGGAGAAACUGGAGCAUUGCCAGAUUGACAGUGACCUUGCUGCCCAAAUGAGCAAGGAACGUCGCAUUUUGGAGAAGAAAAAAGAAGCCAAACGACUAAUCGCCCUGGAGGCUAUGCAACUGGCUGAAAAGAGACGUAUACGUGAAAAGCAACAAGAAGCCUUGGAAAAUCAAGUUGCGUCAUUAUUUUCCGAAGGCAACAUCAUCAGCGACAUUAAGCACCGUAAUGACAACGAGUUGAAGCGCGAAAGAAGUUCGUUCCAGAGUAAUGCUUGGAAAACCGCCCUGACCGACAUCAAAAACAUUCAACAGAAGGAAGAUGAGAUCAUCAAACGCAGUGUUGAGGAAUUCCAAGCCAAGUUGAAAUUUAAGGAUCAAGCCAAGGUCGAGGAAAGACGUCGCCUGAAGCAAAUGCAAAUCAAAAACCAUCUGGACGAUCUUGCCAGAGAGAAGAUGCGAAAACAGCGCCAAGAAAACGAGAUGAGACGUGACAUUGAGAAUCGCGUCCGGAACGAAGAGGUGAAUGUUCUGUUCGAUCGCCAGAUGCGUCUGGACACGAUGAAUCGAGUGAAGGAACACCGUCGAGUAAUUACCGAACAAAUUGAGGAACGGCACCAGCGUGAACAGGAGAAGGACCAUUCCGAUCUGAUUUGUUUGGGUGAACUGAACGAACAAGAGGACCAGGCAUUUUAUAAGUAUGCCAAUGAACUGGUCAACGAGACGCUAGAAAAGGAGCGCUCGAUUAAGCCGCUGGUGAAAGUGAUGGACGAUUAUCAGCGCACGAACUUUUUCCAUUCGAAGAAGUUGAUUUAUGGCGUCGAUGAGUUGAAGGCCAUGCGACCAUCGAAGAAGUAAUGGAUGUUGGAAAAAUUUGUUGAAUUGAAAACGACUUUUUGUUUUUCAAUUAAAUUUUUUUAUUUAAAAUCAAAAA